AUGUCAGCCUCGCCCUCUGUUCAAGCCGUUGCGCGGGUCGCCUAUCUUGCUUCAGACUCAAUCUUCUCUUCCGAUGCAGCUCUCCCAUCUAUCUCUCCCUUCGUCACCGCCCUGAAUGCACUCUCGUCUACUGCCCAUGCCCCAAUCUCAGUUCAGCGAAUUCCAUUUGGAGGCGAUUCUGGGGCCAUGCUCCUCAGCAGCCACCGCGACCGCUCCAGUCUAUCGCUCGGUUCGCCAAAUGGAACGACUGUGAAUUUGACGUCGUAUCUCACGCUCUCUCAUUCACAUAUUUUACAUCACCUUCUUCCUCAUCUUCCUGAACUCGUGUAUACACCAACUGUUCUCCACGUUGCUAUUUCCACGUUCCCCGAGGAUGAUCUCGCCGACAUUCUCGUUCUCCGUGCGGCACUCCCCUUCUGCAUAUACUCUCGCUCCGCACAAGACGCGCAUGAUAACGCGCUGCUUGCUAGCAGACUGGCCCGUACAGAGCGCCGCACCGUUCUCCACGUGUUCCACGUCGGUACCGCAGAAGAACACGCCGAGUUCAUCGAUGAGGAGAGCAUCAAACCAUACCUAUUCGCAGAACGGGUUUCUCUGAACAGAUUCAACGAAACCGGGGAGGCCAAGAGCGUGUCUGCCGCAAAAGUGGAGGACGAAUCCGAUGCGCUCGUCUCCGCAUACGAUGCCGCUGCUCUUGCUACCGCUUCUCUCCUUCAACGGCCCGUCCAAGCGGUCACUACUAGCGGCGCAUAUGCUCCACGCACAGUUCUAUUCACUCUCGGCUCCCUGUCUUCAGACAUCAAUGUAGAAGACACAGCAAUUGUCGAGUUGUCGCUCCUCAAACCAUUAUCUCCGACUCGUAUCACGGCCGCGAUCCCUUCGUCUGCACGUUAUAUACUCGUGUGCGAACAGGUCCGCAGGUGGAGUAUAAAAUGGACGCCCCUUUAUCUCGAAGUUGUCAGCGCAUUGCAGGCGGACAAUAGAGACGAGCAGCCAAGGGUGCGUAGUGUGCUCUUAGGAGACGCGACGACGGUGACCGCGGAGGAUGUACGGAGCCUCGUGGUACGGACAAGUACAGAAGGUCAGGACGGGAAGAAGGUCCGUCUCACCUUGGGUGCCUUACCGCUAACAGAAGGAGCACACGGGACUAUUCGGAGUGAAGAGGCAAAGUUUGCAUCAGCGCAGCAUGUUCAUAUCCCCCGGCACGAGGCAUCGUAUACGACGUUGCUCGAAACCCUUUUCGGCGCCCGCCUCGAGAUUGCGAACUCACCUAGUCACGUAUACGAUGCUGCUAUUGUCUCGACGUCGCCGGAGUUCACGCUUGGUCGGAUUCGAGGCGAGGAAGACGCGAUUCAGACACUCGAGCGCGACAUUAAAGUCCUCCUCAGUGAGUCUACGUUUGACGGAACGUUGCACCGGCUCCUCAGCGAGUGGAUCGCUGUACGGAAUGCGGGAAGCAGAAUCGCUUCAGGGAAGACUAAGGACGUCCGUGAGCUCGAGACAAAUUUUGCAGACCGCAUUGUGGCCGCGCUUGAGGAGAUAGAGGCCCAGGGAGGUCUGAAGUCAGCCGGCGCUGCUGCAGUGCGAGUGUAUCAGGCGCGUGCACUGUUCCGCGCUGCGGCAGCACUUCGUACACGGAGCCGAUGGAUCGUCGGAAGUGAUGCAUGGGCGUACGACCUGGGCGCAUCUGGCCUGCACCACGCCAUUGCCUCUGGCCUGGACGUGAACAUACUUUUAUUGGAUAGCACGCCCUACUCACGCCGCCAGGCGCACGGAAGCAGGCGUGGCAAGCAAGACGUCGGACUGUAUGCCAUGAACCACGGAGAUGUGUACGUUGCUAGCGUCGCCGUGUAUGCAAGUUAUGCUCAGGUGCUCCAGGCGCUCAUGGAGGCGGAUGCAUUCCCUGGCCCGAGCGUCGUUCUUGCGUAUCUGCCGUACACUUCUGAGGAGAGCACCGCACUCGAGAUCCUUAAGGAAACAAAGAUGGCGGUCGACGCAGGAUAUUGGCCACUCUACCGCUGGAACCCUGCAAAAGAUCACGAGGGUAGCGGGAACGAAUGUUUCUCGUUGGACUCGGAUGCGAUCAAGAACGAGCUGCAGCGCUUCCUCGACAGGCAGAACCACCUCAGUCAACUCGUGCGUGCACGGCCGCGGAUGCCAGCGGAGCUCGUCAGCGGUUUGGGCGAGCAGCUGAAGGUUGCGCGGAGAGCGCGGGCAAGGAAAGCGUACGAGGAGCUUCUGACCGCUAUCGACGCCCCCCCGCUGACGGUCCUAUACGCGAGUGAUGGUGGUAAGGCAGAGAAAGUGGCGAAGAGGCUCGCAAUGCGUGCGAAGAUGCGUGGGCUAUCAGCAAGUGUGGCGGCAAUGGACACGGUGAAACUGGAGGACAUCGCGAAGGAGCCGAUCGUGCUGUGGGUUACAAGUGUCGCUGGCCAGGGUGAGUUCCCACAGAACGGGCGCGCGAUGGUCAAGGCACUGAACGCGGCGGUCGCGCGGAAAGAGCGACCGCUGGAAGCUGUGAAAUUCAGCGUAUUCGCAAUGGGUGACACUCAUUAUUGGCCAAGACCAGAGGAUGCGCAUUAUUACAACAAGGCAGGCAAGGAUCUCGACGCCCGUCUAGAGAGCUUGGGUGCACAACGUGUUAUACCACUCGGCUUGGGCGACGACCAGGAUGCUGAUGGCCCAGAGACUGGAUACAGACUGUGGGAGCCUCAGGUGUGGAAAGCACUGGGUGUCGACGAAAUUCAAGUACAGGAAGCAGAGCCGGAGCCGAUCACGAAUGAGCACAUCAAAGUCGCGUCUCAGUACCUCCGCGGAACGAUUAAAGAGGGUCUAGAGGAUACCAGCACUGGUGCGCUCGCUCCGAGUGACACACAACUGACGAAAUUCCAUGGGAUCUACCAGCAGGAUGAUCGGGACAUUCGUGAUGAGAGGGCAGCACAGGGUGCAGAGCCCGCCUACAGUUUCAUGAUCCGAGUCCGCAUGCCGGGUGGUGUGUGCAGGCCGGACCAGUGGCUGCUCAUGGAUCAGAUAGCGGACGAGCACGGUUGCGGGACGUUCAAGAUCACGACUCGCCAGACAUUCCAGUUCCACGGCGUUAUCAAGGGCCACUUGAAGCCAGCGAUCCAAGACAUAAAUAGGGCACUUUUGGAUACUCUCGCUGCCUGUGGAGACGUGAAUCGUAAUGUGAUCGUAUCUGCCAUCCCAUCCCUUACGAAGCUGCACGCACAAGUCUAUGCCUUCGCGAAGCGUGUCAGCGAGCACCUACUACCACGAACGACAGCUUAUCACGAGAUUUGGCUAGAUAAAAAGCUGGUCGCUGGCGAUGCUCUGAAAGACAUCGAGCCACUCUAUGGCGAGUUUUAUCUACCUCGGAAGUUCAAAGUGGCCGUUGCUGUGCCGCCGACCAACGACGUGGAUAUUUUCGCUAAUGAUGUCGGUUUCAUCGCUAUCGUUGGAGAGAACGAUGAACUCGUCGGUUUCAAUGUCACUGCAGGCGGCGGUAUGGGUGUAACUCACGGAAAUAAGAAAACCUACCCGCGUGCAGCUGACGUCCUUGGGUUCUGCACGAUCGAGCAAGGUGUUUAUGUUGCUGAGAAAAUCAUGCUUGUCCAGAGGGACAACGGCAAUCGUGAAGAUCGUAAGAAUGCGCGGCUGAAAUACACUAUGGACCGCAUGGGGGUGGACGUCUUCAAGGCUGAGGUCGAAGAGCGUCUUGGUUACAAACUACAACCUGCUCGUCCGUAUGCUUUCGACCGUAAUAUCGACGACUAUGGAUGGCACAUCGGCGAAGAUGGGAAACAUCACUUCACUUGCUUCAUCGAGAAUGGCCGUAUUCAAGAUGAGCCAGGAAAGGAGUUCAAGACGGCGUUGCGUGAGAUUGCCAAAGUCCACAAAGGCGCCUUCCGUUGCACAGCCAAUCAGCACCUGCUCAUCACGGACAUCGCCACCGAGGAUUUACCUCAGAUAAAAGCCCUUUUAGCGAGGUAUAAAUUGGACAACCUCUCAUAUACUGGACUGAGGCUGUCGUCUUCGGCCUGUGUUGCCUUCCCGACGUGCGGCCUCGCCAUGGCCGAGUCCGAGAGGUAUCUACCUAUUCUCAUCGAUAAGGUCGAGACGAUAUGUGAGGAAAAUGGGCUACGCAACGAUUCGAUCGUCAUGAGGAUGACGGGUUGUCCGAAUGGGUGUGCACGGCCGUAUCUAGCGGAGGUAGCCUUCGUGGGUAAAGCUCCGGGUACCUACUCUAUGCUCCUUGGUGGUGGAUAUCAUGGUGAACGAUUGAACAAAAUCUAUCGAGAGACUGUGACUGAGCCAGAGAUUCUGGCUAUCUUAAGACCCAUGAUCAAACAAUAUGCCCUCGAACGUCGUGAGGGCGAGCACUUCGGUGAUUUCGUCAUCCGGGCUGGAUAUAUUGCGCCGACCACGGAGGGUAAGGCGUGGUACGACAAGAUGGGCGGUGAGGGCCAGCAUCGAGAAGUCAGCGGCAGCGCAUAG